AAACCCGAUCGAAUUCGCAUUUAGCUAGGUUAAUUUAAGGAAAUAUACCCCACAAAUCACACAGCCGCAACCAUGGGCGUAGCAAGCAUGCUGCAAAUCGAUGAAAUGCUGGGCGAUUUCAACAGAAUGAACAAGCGUCAGUCCCUGUAUCAGGUGCUGAGCUUCGCCAUGAUCGUCUCGUCGGCCCUGAUGAUCUGGAAGGGCCUGAUGGUGGUCACCGGCAGCGAAUCGCCCAUCGUGGUGGUGCUCAGUGGCAGCAUGGAGCCGGCAUUUCACCGCGGCGACCUGCUCUUCCUCACCAACUACAAGGAGGAUCCAGUGCGCGUCGGCGAGAUCGUUGUGUUCAAGGUGGAGGGCAGAGACAUUCCGAUAGUGCAUCGCGUGAUCAAGCUGCAUGAGAAGGAGGACGGCAGCGUCAAGUUCCUGACCAAGGGCGACAACAACAACGUGGACGACCGAGGCCUGUACGCGCCCAACCAGCUCUGGCUGACCAAAAAGGAUAUUGUGGGUAGAGCCAGGGGCUUCCUGCCCUACGUGGGCAUCAUCACCAUCUUCAUGAACGAGUAUCCGAAGGUUAAAUGGGCCAUUCUCUCGAUACUGGCAAUAUUCGUUCUACUGCAUCGAGAGUAGAGCGGCGGCGGCACGUUUAUUUAUAGGUACAAUAUAUAAGUAGGAUCUGCGCCCAGAAUGUGCACAAUCUCGAGCCUGUUUUCGCAUUUUUUCAUUUGAUCAAUCCCGCAACGAUUCUUUCCUGUCCACGGCCCCUCAACAAGUCGCCACAAAAACGAAACAAAACAAGUUGUCCGGACUCCGAAGUGUCCGGAGCUGAAUUUCAAUAAACAAAAUAUAACAAUUUUUAA